AGGGAGGUUAAGAUCUUGGCAUUGGAAAAGAAAGGUUUGUUUUGGUAUUGUUAGGAAUAUGUGUCACUGAAUAUCACAAUUUCACCUGUUCUACAGGUCCAGCCAUAGUAAUGUGUGUUAAUAUAAGUGUAUUUAUUUUCUGAACACCAACACAAUAACAAAAACCACAGUUUUGCAAAUUAUGACUGGAGUUAGAACUGGACAAAGGGCUUCUCAAGGUGUGUACACCUGGCCCUCCCACCAGGAUGUAUUCAUCUGUGUGACUGAAGAUGGCCACUGCAUUUCUAAUAAUGAGAUUCUAUAGAGGGGGGCUGUGUCAAAAGGAAGGUUUAAUACAUUUAUGAUGUGUUGCUUAUUUCUUGCAUUUUCUUAAACAAAGGAAAACGAAAAAAAAUGUUAGGGGGAAACAUGUUGAGGGGGGAGCUUUCUUUCUUAACCCCGGGUCCCCCUAGUGAACUAACCCCCCAUGAUGUGAACAUCUCUAUAUAUUUCAGCGGUAUAUAUGGCUGAACUAUUGGCCUUCUUUUACAGAACCUACUCAUUGUUACCUUUUCUACACCAGGAACUUCAAAAUAAAAAGCUCCUACGUGUGAAUGGAGGGGGGAAUUUAUGGCAAUAUUGUCGGAAAGUAAUUUAAAUCUGGGUGAAUUAGAUACAUGACUACUACGACUUUUAGGCUGAUGGGAAACCAACGUAGGCAGCCUUUAACAAAACAACGGAUCAAUCUGGUGGACACAUAUUUGUAAAGGCGCACACGACCCAAAAUGUUGAUAAGGGAGAACACGUCCACGAUAUCAUGAAGACAGGACUCGCAGACAUCAAUCUUGGCUCCCUUCAACAUAGAACAGGAUGGCCAAGAGUGAACCAGAGGAGAUGAUAGAGAUCGAGAUCGAUGAACGGGAGAAGCAGGCAUGCCUGGAGGAAGGUGUUGAGGAGCACACCAUCACAGCAUCAGAUUUGAUUCAACAAGAUAUCGACAUUAAUGAGCCCAUUGGCAAUUUGAAGAAGCUGUUGGAGCCCCGCAUCCAAAUCUCACUGGAUGCAUAUGACAUCUGCUUGCAGGACAUUCAGCUUCACCCUGAUCACAGCCUCUUCGAUCAGGGAGUAAAGACAGAUGGCACAGUGCAGCUCAGCCUGCAGAUUAUAACCAAACCAGGGGAGGAGAAGUUGAACAUUUUGGAAAUAGUGAAGCCGGUAGAAACAGUGGAGGUGGUGAUUGAUCCAGAUGCAGCAGGAGAGGAGGGAGCUCUGGUGGAGGAGGGUCAUCUCAUUGCUGUGGACCGAUCUGGCCUAUCGGAUGAGACGUCAGAGCAGGUCACACGCUGGGCUGCAGCACUUGAAGGCUACCGCAAGGAGCAGGUUCGCCUUGGCAUACCAUAUGACCCUGUGCUCUGGAGCGCUGACCAGGUGAUCCACUGGGCAGUGUGGGUGAUGAAGGAGUUCAACAUCGAUGAGAUGGAAAUAGGAAGCAUUCACAUCCCAGGCCGGGAUCUCUGCGGGUUUAGCCAGGAAGAGUUCCUUCAGAAAGUGCCCAAUGGAGAGAUCCUCUGGAGUCACCUGGAACUCCUACGCAAAUAUGUGUUGGCAAGCCAGGACCAGUCAGGAGGGGACGCUACAGUCACCAUUGAUCAACCUGUGCAGAUAAUCCCAGCUCAAGUGAGCACACCCACUGCCAUAAAAGUUUUGAAGCAGAGCCGAGGACCCAGAGCUCCUCGUAUUUCAGGAGGAGAGGAGCGCAGCUCACCUGGCAACCGCACAGGCAACAACGGUCAGAUCCAGUUGUGGCAGUUCCUGCUGGAGCUGCUGACCGACAAGGAUGCAAGAGACUGUAUCUCCUGGGUGGGCGAGGAGGGCGAGUUCAAACUCAACCAGCCAGAGCUUGUGGCGCAGAAAUGGGGCCAGCGCAAGAACAAGCCCACUAUGAACUAUGAGAAACUCAGCAGAGCCCUCAGGUAUUAUUACGACGGGGACAUGAUCAGCAAGGUGCAGGGCAAACGCUUCGUCUACAAGUUUGUGUGCGACCUGAGGACUCUGAUUGGCUACAGUGCUGCUGAGCUCAACAACCUGGUGACCGAGUGUGAACAGAAGAAACUGACCCGCAUGCAGAUGCACGGCAUCGGUCAGCCCAUCACUACAGUGACCCUGGCCACCACGACACUAGACAAAGACAGUUAAAGGAUGUUUCAUGACAGUGCUCUCCUCCGAUGAUUGGAAAUCAAAAUCAAGUUUCUUCUGUUUUUGACACAGCUGUGUUCAGGAGGCACGAGAAUGCAAGGCUUAUCCCCCAACAGUGCGGAUAAUCAGCUUGCUUAUUAUCUUUACAGUGUGAUGGAGGCAGGUGAAAACUUUUCUUAGCUUUUCUUCAACGCCAACCAAGAGAAGCUUGUUCAUGAUGAGUGGAUGGAUGUCUGUUGUGUGCAAGUGACUGGAUGCUUGAAUGUGUGACUGAGAACCCGGCUUUGAACUAUGUGUAAUUUGUUCCUUGUCUGUAGUUUAGGAUGUUUUCCACUGUAUAUACCGGUACUUCAUGUUUUUGAUAGACACAAGGACAAGUGUAUUUUCAUAUUUCCCAUUUAUAGAGGCCAUGUUUUGUAUUUUAUUUAGCAUUUGUCCCCUUAAUUGUUGGACCUUUUUUGUCCACUAGGGGGAAUAAAGUGGCAAGCCUUUUUCUUAA